AAAAAAAACGGAGAUAAUUUCCGAACAUCCUACAUAAAUGACGUAACACAUUUCCGUGGGUGCGCAGAUCUAUGCCCGAAGCCGAAUACCACCGACAACCCGUUGAGCAAGAAAUCUCACGUGGAGGAGUUCAGCGAGCCGGUGCCAGCGCUCUUCCAGGCACUCACGGCCGAGGCGGACCCGCACGAGCGAUGGCUCACCUUCACGUAUCCGGUAGACUUUGACUUGACGACGUUCGCGCCCAAACCCGGGAACGAAAUGAAAUAUCAUAUGCAAACCGCGACCGAGGAAGUGCAUCCGUUGAAGCCGAACGUGAUGACGUUAAACUGCACGGUCGCGUUCAUGGCGCAGUGCAUUUCCUGGAACAAGUGUCAGGCGUCCUGCCAGAGCAUGGGCGCCACGAGCUACAGGUGGUUCCACGACGGUUGCUGCGAGUGCGUAGGCGAUACGUGCCUCAAUUACGGAAUCAACGAGUCGAGAUGCACGCUGUGUUCCGAAGGAAACAAGGAGGACGACCUGAAGGACCCGCAGUACGACGAUUACGGCCAAGACGAGGACGAACUAGGCGAAGACGCAAUGGAUUAGCCACGUCGCGUUCGCGUCCGCGUCGCUUCCCUCGGCGCUCUUUUAUUCCAGAUACAUGCAAUGAGGGGAAAAGUGUUGGCGCGAAAGACAUUCCGACAAUAACGAUCGCAAAGCUGAUUCUUUUUGUAAAGAAUUCAUCGUUUUGUCAUCGCGUAAAAGUGAGAACUUUACUCGAAUCUUGAUACACGCUUGGAGUUUGAUCCUUCGGAAAACCGUCCGGC